CUAUUGUCUCUGUGUGUGCGCCCGGAUUGGGAAUAGUAAACCGCGAGCGCAGCUGGAUGACUUGAGGAACCGUGUCGAUAUUUAUAUAGCUGAUAACGAGAGCUUCUAACGACUCAAACCCCUUUUUCUCGAAACUUUAUGCAGAGAUAUAUCCAACGCAGUGGUUAAAUAGUAGCGAUAUCUGUUAAGGAGUAGAUUUUUUGUUGUUGUUGCAUUUUUCUAACCUGGUUGGUCUUUCCAUCGCCAUGUCCUCCGGUGAUGCGUCAGAGCAGUGUCGGCGGUUUUGCGUGUUAUCUUGGGAGCAGGUGCAACGUUUGGACUCUGUUCUUGGCGAGACGAUCCCCGUUCAUGGACGUGGAAACUUCCCGACGCUUUCGGUGCAGCCGAGACAGAUUGUCCAGGUGGUUCGAGCCCGUUUGGAAGAGCGAGGUAUCACCGUUCGGGAUGUGAGGUUGAACGGCUCGGCUGCCAGUCACGUUCUGCACCAGGACACGGGCCUUGGGUACAAGGAUUUGGACCUGAUCUUUGGAGUUUCACUGUCAGAUGGCCAGGCCUUCCGUGUGGUUAAGGACGUGGUUCUUGACAGCCUGCUGGACUUUCUACCUGAGGGGGUGAGCAAGGAGAGAAUCUCAGCACUUACUCUGAAGGAGGCCUAUGUACAGAAGUUGGUGAAGGUGUGCAACGACACCGACCGCUGGAGCCUCAUCUCCCUCUCCAACAACAACGGCAAGAAUGUGGAGCUUAAGUUUGUGGAUUCUCUCAGGCGCCAAUUUGAGUUCAGCGUGGACUCUUUCCAGAUAGUUCUGGACUCUUUGCUUCUGUUUGACCGUUGUUCAGAGACACCCAUGUCUGAGUCCUUCCAUCCAACAGUGGUGGGUGAAAGCAUGUACGGGGACUUUGAGGAGGCUCUCUGCCAUUUGUGCAACAAGAUCAUCGCGACCCGAAACCCAGAGGAGAUCCGGGGAGGUGGUCUCUUAAAAUAUUGCCACCUUUUGGUACGAGGGUUCCGGCCAACCUCGGAAGCAGAGAUGAAAAUGCUCCAGCGGUACAUGUGCUCUCGGUUCUUUAUUGACUUUCCGGACAUAGGUGAGCAACAGCGAAAACUGGAGGCUUAUCUGCAGAAUCACUUUGCUGGAAUGGAGCACAAACGUUAUGACUGUCUGGUCACAUUGUACCACGUAGUCAAUGAAAGUACAGUGUGCUUGAUGGGACAUGAACGACGACAGACCUUAAAUCUUAUCUCUAUGCUUGCGCUUAGGGUGCUGGCUGAACAGAAUGCUAUUCCCACAGUUACCAAUGUCACAUGCUAUUACCAGCCUGCACCCUAUGUGCGAGACAUCAACUUCAAUAACUACUACGUUGCUCAUGUGCAGCCGCUAGUGCACACCUGCAGUAAUUCCUACCGAACAUGGCUGCCGUGCAACUGACCCACGUAACCUCUGCAAAAGAGAGAUAAAAAUCAAGUUCAACCCUUGUAUCUUCCCAUGUGGUGAAGGCGAUAUGCAAGCAAGUGAAUACCAUUGUCAAUGUUUUGUUAAAAAAACAACAGUGGGCGUUUAGAAGGAGAUUGGUAAACAGUGGCAAAAUUGAUUUUUUUUUUUUUUUGCUUAAUGUGACAUAUAAUGACUGUUCACUGCUGUAUGUCUGAUUUGAGCCGAUUCUUUCAUGCUCUCUUGGUGGAUAAGGGUCCUUCAGUCUUUUUCAAAUGUAGCAAAAAUGUUGUCUUGAGAUACAAGUUUUCUUUUUUCUCAAAUUCAAUAUAGAUCCAACUAAACACUCAAAGGUUAUAUAAAUCAAGAGAGAAGGCUGCAUUCUGGCAGAAAGACAUUGUGAAGCUACAGUUUAUAUGUAUUUUAUUAUUUUUAUUUUUUUUGCCAGAACGUGUUUUCAAUCAACUUCUGUUUUGCUUGGAUGUUUCAAGGACCAAAGAUAUUUUAUUUUCAUUGUUAAGAAAGGAAUGUUUGAUGUUGUAAUUCCAAGUGCCUAAAACACAUUGUACAAAAAAGUGAGACCUGUGUCUCUAAAAAAAGUUUUUUUUCUGUCUCCUAGCUAAUUGUAAAUCUCUAUUUUCAGGGAUGGAGGCUUGUAUUUCCAUGUGAUUAAAAAAAGCACUA